UCUCUGGCCCUGGAUGUGGUGUUGAUGCCUCAGAAGAACUGUAUUGCCAUUUAUGAACUCCUUUUCAAGGAGGGAGUGAUGGUGGCCAAGAAGGAUGUGCACAUGCCUAAACACCCCAAGCUGGCAGUUAAGAAUGUGCCUAAUCUUAACGUCUUGAAGGCCUUGCAGUCUCUCAAAUCACGAGACUAUGUGAGGGAACAGUUUCUCUGGAGACAUUUCUACUGGUACCUUACCAAUGAGGGCAUCCAGUAUCUCUGCAAUUGCCUUCAUCUGCCCCCUGCGAUCAUGCCUGCCACUUUGUGCCACAGCGGGCCUGAGACUGGCAGGCCAAGGUCCAGAGGUCAGGAGGGCAAGCAACCUGCAAGACUCAUGGGAGGGGAAGCAGACAGACUCUUACAGAGAGCACUGUGUGCUGUGCGCCCUGGGGCCAACAAGGGAGCCCAAGCUGGGUCAGCAACAAAAUUCCAGUUCAGAGGUGGAUUUGGUUGUAGACAUGGUCAACCACUUCAGUAA